AUGGGCGCAAAAAACGAAUUCUCAGAUAUGAAGUCUAAUAAAGGUGUCAGAAACAGAAAUAAUCAACCUAAAACAAUGAAGGAACUGAUUAAAAGUGUUGUUGAAACUGCUGGAUGUUCAGAUGAACGAGCUGAGGCAGCAUUAAAAGACCAUCAAAUGUGUUUAGAAGAUGCCAUUCUUGAGAUUGUCGCGGAAAAUGGACAAGAAUCUUGGGUGGAAAAAAAGUCUAAGAAAACGAAAAAGCAGGAUACUCAAGAAGAUUCAGAUGGACCUAGAUAUGAUCGAUCUAGUAGAGAAAAGUUCAAUACAGCAGGAAAUAAUAAUAGAGGUUCAAGUCGUCGCGGACGUGGUGGUAUGAUAAACGACAGGACAACUGGCCGUGAAGAUUCUUCCAAUAUUGAUUGGAAAACCGGUAAGGAUGUUAAUUUUGAUACUCAACCAUCAGAUGAGAAUCAGGGUCCUACAUCAGGAACGUCAGCAACAUUCAGAGGAGGACGUGGCCGUGGUCGUGGAUUUUCAGGACGCGGUGGGCGCGGUGGUCCGAGUAAUGGAAGAGGUGGUUCUAAAAGUUAUACAAAUAAUUUUACGAGAGACAACAACACUGAUAGUAACAAUGUAGCAGAGGAAAAUGAAGAAUUAAAUUGGUCUUCCGGUCCCCUUGUUUUUACUAAAAAAGACGAUGAAAAAUCUAAAGAGGAAGAAAGUGAGUCUGUUGGAACAUCAAGUAACAGAAAAAUUACUAAUGAUCCUAUAUCUUAUUCGUCAGUUUUAAAACCAAAACAAGCUUCUUCACAACAAUACAUGACAUUCACUGCAAGUAACGUUAAAACAACAUCUAUUCCACCUCAAAGUUCUCCUCAAUCAGCAGCGAAUAAUUCUUUACCGAACAAAGCAGGCACUUUAUCAUUUGCACAAGUAUUGGCUUCAAAACCCAAAGUACCAACAGUAAUUUGUAAGGAUAAAAAUAUUGAUCAAUGUAAACACACUGACAAGUUGCCUAGUGAAUCUGAUAACUCAAAGAUCUCAAAUCAAUCUGUUUACGAUGAAAAUCUUACAUCUGUGAAUAAUAUAGAGAAACAGCAUGAAUCACGUCGAAAAGAAGCAUCACCGAUUACUUCUCCUAAAACAACAGGAAUGAUGGAUGAUGGAGUUACCACAAGUACUGGACAUCAACAACAGGCUCAUGCAUGGACGAAUCAACUUAAAAAAGAUCUUGGAAUCCCAGGUCAGGCUUCAAGUACGGUUAAGUCUCCUAAGACUCAGAAAACACUUGAAUAUGUAAAUGAAACAGCUACUGGUAAUAUUUAUGGCGGACAAUUUGAGGCUUUUAAUAGCAACGAUGCAUCUAAAAAUGUAAAUGAAUCUGUUUUGUCACGACGACACAUUCAACAAGAUGUUGGAGGUAACAAUAGUCAAGUUGGUGUUGAUAAUAAUCCCCAGAAACAAGGAAAUCUGUCUUCUAAUACUUAUUCAAAUAACAUUCACCAACAAACAGUAUCUCAUCGUGCACCAACAGCAUUGUCAUAUGUCGAUACUUCUACGAUGAGUUUUCCACCAAAUGAAAGAUCUCUUUCUAAUUCUAACAAAGCUGUAUACGGUACACAACCUGGAAACAGUCAACAACAAACGCAGCAAAGCCAACAGCAACCUCAACAACAUCAAUUAUAUAAUCCACCAGCACAGCAAGCUUAUUCACCGUAUUCUAAUGUUCCAUAUUAUAACAUGAAUUUAUUUAACCCGGUUUCUUCAAUGAGAGCUGAUGAUCCCCAAUAUACUAUGUUCCAGUUUCCUCUUAAUAUGGCACACCUUGAUUUAAAUUCACUAUCUAAUUUGGUACCUACAAUGAAUUCAAAUUCUGGUGGUCAAUCUGCUGCUCACAAUCAAAAUAAUGUUCCUUCUGCAGGACCAUCGCAUCAACGUCAUAAUGAUUCAAGUAACAGUUUCAAUGAUUUCAGAUCAUAUACAUCUAAUAUACCUAAUACAACGGCAACAUCUGUUGCUCCUGUUACAAAUAAUACACAACAAAGAGGUAUUGAUACCUCUACAAGUGUUGCCCCCCCUCCUGGUUUUAAUGGACCACCAGGUAAUAUGGCAGCAGGAAGUGCAGCCUACUUUACACAACCUAGUAGUUACCAGAAUUUGUUCCAAUACCCUCCAGCGGCGUUCCAUCAACAUCAACAAUAUCCAUUUAAUAUGAUGUUUCCAGGGGGUGGCCCCAAAAUGACGGCAAAUCAAAUGGUUCCUCAUCAAGUUGAAGAAAGUAAUGAUAUAAGGCUAUCAUCUACCCCUUCAGGUGGUAAUCAACAACCAAAGCGCAAUACAUACAGUGGGCAUCAUCAGGGACCAGUUGACUAUGCAUCUAACGUUAGUAAUAAUCGUGAUAGGGAACGUGGAUCAAACUCAAAUGUGGGUGGUCCCGUACAAAAUUCAUAUACUUCUCAAUCAUAUACUCAAAUGAGAGGAAGUGGUAAUAGUGGUGGACAUCAUCAACAAACACAAAAUCACCAAAAUGAGAGAAUGAUGCAACCAAAAUCUAAUUAUAACUCACAUCAUUGGAACACAUAG